CAACGACUGCGUCAAACUCCCCUCUCCUUCCUGUAACACCCGUGCCCCGCCUGUCUGUGAUGAGCUCACUGUAGGAACUAUGAACAAUUAAAUAGUAAAAACAACAUCUUGCUUCAACAGGCGCCACUUUUCAGGUUUCAACUUGUUCCGAUUUUUUUUCCCAGUAACACCUGUUGUCCAGCAGAGAGUGAGGACAGUGGAGGAGAUACGGGAUUAGGAGGAAAGAUGUUGCUCCAUCAAACAUCCUCACCUCAGGACCAAGACAAUUGCAGUAGGCCAGUGGUUGUUCUAUCCACCCGCCUAAUCUCCUAGAGACGUUGAAGGACCAAGGAUUCCAAGACCUGUUUUUAUUCACCUUCUCUCUUUUUUGGGGAAAUUCAUCGGACUGCCCUACAUUGGAACAAACUAGCUACCUUUUUCAGUGUGGACAGGUUUGCAGACAUCUGCGUUGGGGUUUCAGUCUGUUUUGGAGUCAGGCCUAUUAGCACUUCCAGAUAAAAGAGUGUGUUUUUUGAACCUUUCCCCUGGAUUACCUGUUCAGGUUGGUGAUGGGGAAUGCCGUGGGGGGAAUAGAGCAGGCAGAUGGCAGGGAGGCCAAGCACUCUGUGGGGUCAGGAACGGGCCUGAGUGACCCCACCCCGACCCUGCAGAAGAAGCAGCCUGCUCCCCCCAAGCUGCCCGUGCCUCCAGAGGACGAGCUGGAGGAGCGCUUCAGUGUGGUUCUGAGCUAUAUGAACUUGCCUCCAGACAAGCUGAAGCUGUUGAGUCAGUAUGACAAUGACAAGAAGUGGGAGCUGAUCUGUGAUCAGGAGCGGUUCCAAGUGAAGAACCCUCCCUCUACCUAUCUGACCAAGAUCAAAAGCUUCUAUCAGGACCAAGGAGGAGUGACCCGCAGGUUCAAGAGGCGGGUCCAGGAGUCCACCCAGGUAUUGAGAGAGCUGGAGAUCUCCCUCCGCACUAAUCAUAUUGGCUGGGCCCAGGAGUUUCUGAAUGAGGAGAACCAGGGUUUGGAUGUACUGGUGGAUUACCUGUCCUACGCCCAGUGUGACGCUUCGUUUGAGUUGGAGGGUGCUGAGAAUGGGGGAACACUGUCAGAGAGAGGGAAGCCAGUGGAGAGAUCCAUGGAGGACCUGAAUAAGAGUGCAGGAAGCUCCCCUACACACGGCAUGACCAGAGCAGCCCGCGCCCUCACCGUACGAAUAACCUCUCUGGCCCAGAGUAGGAGAACUCAGAAGAUCUCUCGAUUGGCCAGUCAGAGGGACGACGUCCAUGUGUGCAUCAUGUGUCUGCGUGCCAUCAUGAACUACCAGUCGGGCUUCAACCAAGUUAUGACUCACCCACGCUGCGUCAACGAGAUCACUCUCAGUCUCAACAACAAGAACCCCAGAACCAAAGCCCUGGUGUUGGAGCUGUUGGCUGCUGUGUGUCUUGUGAGGGACGGUCAUGACAUCAUUCUCGCCGCCUUCGACAACCUCAAGGAGGUGAGCGGAGAGAAGAACCGCUUUGAGAAACUGAUGGAGUACUUUAGCAACGAUGACAGCAACAUUGACUUCAUGGUGGCCUGCAUGCAGUUCAUUAACAUUGUGGUGCAUUCGGUGGAGAAUAUGAACUUCCGUGUGCACCUGCAAUAUGAGUUCACUCACCACGGACUGGACCAGUACCUAGAGUCUCUGAAGCUGACGGAGAGUGAGAAGCUGCAGGUUCAGAUUCAGGCCUACCUGGACAACGUGUUUGAUGUGGGGGCUCUGCUGGAGGAUGCAGAGAACAGGGGCGGGGUGCUGGAGCAUGUGGACGAACUGCGGGAGCACAACUCACAGCUGAGUGCCAGGCUAGAGGAGAUUGAGAGCCAGUCUGCAGAGAGGAUGGCUGAACUGGGGAAACAGCUCCUCCAAGCCACCAAGGAGACAGAGCUGCUCAAGGAGAGCCUGCGGGACUCCUGUUCCCAGGUCAGUUCUCUGCAGCAGAGAGAGAGGGAGAGGGAGAUGAGCCAGGAGAGGGAGCGGGAUAGAGAGCGUCUAAGCCAGCCAUCCUCUGAGCUGGAACUCAAGGUGCAGGAGCUGCAGGACCGAGGGCUGAUCCGCCUGGGACGCACCCCCUCUGGGGCCCUAGACCUCCAGGUGGUGCCUGUCACCAUCAUCGAGUACGCCCCCGCCCCAGCCUCUGAGCCCCUGCUCAGCUCCACUGGUCCCACUGCCCCUGGCCUAGCUGCUCCCCCACCCCCUCCACCACCUCCUCCUCCUCCUCCCCCACAUGGCUCCGGUGGCCCACCUCCCCCUCCUCCGCCCCCUCCUCCCGGUGGAGGUCCGCCCCCACCUCCUCCUCCACCCGGCGCAGGACCUCCUCCCCCACCAGGAGGCCCACCUUCUGGAGACAGCCAAGCCGGAGGUAAAAGCAGGAAACCCAUCCAGACUAAGUUCCGGAUGCCUUUGCUCAACUGGCAGGCACUGAAGCCCAACCAGGUGACUGGCACGGUCUUCCACGAGCUGGACGACGAGCAGGUCUUAGGGGAGCUGAACAUGGAGGCGUUUGAGGAGCAGUUUAAGACCAAGGCCCAGGGUCCUCCAGCAGCUCUGUCCACUCUUAAGGUCAAGGUGGCCCAGAAGGCACCCAGCAAGGUCAACCUGAUCGAGGGCAACAAGGCCAAGAACCUGGCCAUCACGCUACGCAAGGGAGGCCGGAGCCCCGCAGACAUCUGCACAGCUAUCGAGACGUAUGACCAGCAGGCAUUGGGGCUGGACUUCCUGGAGCUGCUGGAGAGGUUUGUCCCGUCAGACUACGAGCUGAAGCUCCUCCAGAACUACGAGAAGGAGGGCCGUCCGCUGGAUGAUCUGGCAGAGGAGGACCGCUUCAUGAUGCGCUUUGGGAAGAUCCCCCGUCUGGCCCAGCGAAUCAGCACCCUCACCUUCAUGGGCAACUUCCCCGAGAGUGUCAAACGUCUGCAGCCGCAACUGAACUCCAUGAUCACAGCAUCCAUGUCCAUUAAGUCCUCAGCCAAGCUGAAGAAGAUGUUAGAGAUCAUCCUAGCCUUUGGGAACUACAUGAACAGCAGUAAGAGGGGUGCAGCCUAUGGGUUCCGCCUGCAGAGUCUGGACCUGCUGCUGGACACCAAGUCUACUGACCGGUCCCAGACCCUGCUACACUUCAUAUCCAGCAUCGUCCAGGAGAAAUACCCCGAGCUCAACAACUUCCACACUGAGCUGCACUUUGUGGACAAGGCUGGCCUAGUGUCUCUGGACAGUAUUCUUCAGGAUAUCCGCUCUCUGGAGAGAGGAAUGGAAGUGACCAAGAAGGAGUUCCUGGUGCAGGAAGACAACACAGUGCUGAAGGACUUUGUCAAGACAAACAGUGAAUUACUGGACUCAUUACUCAAAGACAGCAAGACCGCUCAGGAGGCGUAUGGCUCAGUGGUGGAGUAUUUUGGAGAGAACCCCAAGACCACACAACCCUCCAUGUUUUUCCCUCCGUUUGUCCGCUUCAUGAAGGCCUAUAAGCAAGCAGAGAAGGAUAAUGAACAGAAGAAGAGACUGGAGGCCCAGAGCAGUGAGAAUCAAGCAGAGUCUCCCUCCCCUAGAAAGAAAGAGGCUGCAGGACACAAGUCUCCCAUGAUGCCCAAGAUGGACCUGAUAGCGGAGCUGAAGAAGAGGCAGGUGAAGCCUCAGGUGAAGGAUGGGGCCCUGGAGGACAUCAUCACAGACCUGAGGAACUCACCGUUCAGAGCAACAGAUGGACGGAGACCAGCACAGCGUCAAGACACCUGAACAACCCCAGACCCCACAACUCCACUGAGAUGGCUGUACACACUCAAUGUCAAAGUGUGUGCAUACACAGAACACAAAUACAUACCUGUAUUGUACAUACACAAUACACCUACGUUAGCACUGAAGAUUAUAUGGCCUUUUACCUAACAAUACACAUUUAAACAACAGUAUGAAUUGACUCUGUCAAUAGAACAGAGUUUAAGCUACACGUCAUGAGCAAAUGUGUAACAUAGAAAUACAUUGAUGCGUUUUUAUCCAUUUAGCUUUUUAAAAUAACUUUGAAUGUUUUGUUUUCCCGUUCAUCUUUGAAUGAGUACAUUUAUUAAAUUAAAAAAACAAGAUUCACAUUA